CCAAAAUGUAGCGGUGUGUUGUUCUCUAACCACGGAAGAAAAUAUAUCCAGUGUCCAUGUGUUUUUAGUUGUUAGUUUCGACAGCGCGUAGCCGACAUCCUGAUGUCUCCCCUAAUCCAUAUCAGUGAAUUAUUGCCGUGGUUUUUGGUGCGUGUUCAGUUUAUAAGGUGCUCGUUUAAAACCAAAUACAAGUAAUGUGAUGACUAUUGUUACACAUGUAUGUGUAUAUAGUACAUUGUAUGCUUAGCUUUUCAAUAUAUCACGAACUGUUUGUGCAUAUUCGUUCUUGUUUUGGACAGUUAAAACUCUGUUUUUGACAUUGGGCUAUUUAUCAAAAUGUCCAACCAGCGUCUUAUUAACAGGAAGAAGAGACAAUCAACUUUCAUUUCCUAUGGUAUUGUACUUAAUCAGAUAAAAACUGCUGAAUGAGUCAAAAAAAACAUGCUGCGUUGAAUUGCUUUUGAUGAUCUCCCAGAAAUCACAGGUUUGUUCUGCCUGGUAGGAUCCUCAGCAGACUCAAAUAUGUGGCGGAACAACCGGUUACUCCAAACCCCUAGUAAAGUUAUUCUAGCUUCCAUUCCACGUCCACGCUGCAUCACCACACCAACACUAACUAUUACAACGUUUAGCUAACUAGCUACUGUACAGGACCACCUAGCUGGCAAACUUUAUGUAGGUUUUCACCUCGCAAUAUUCACGAAUAGAAGUUUGAAGAAAUAUUUCUCAACAUGUUAAGUUUGAAGAAACGUCAGUCGAAGUCCCCGGGGGAAUCAGGCGUCCACGAAAAAGAGUUUUGUCCGAUUGAAGGCAGUGCGUUCACAAACCCAACUGGCAGCAUCUCCGGGGAGAACACAGUUGAACUGAAAAGAUCUAUAACUCUAUUGAAUGGUGUUGCUAUCAUCGUGGGUAGCGUCAUCGGUUCGGGGAUAUUCUUGACACCCAUCGGGGUAGUGAAGGAAGCUGGUUCUGUCGGACUGUCGUUGAUCAUUUGGGCAGUCUGUGGGUUGUUCUCGACAGUGGGGGCCCUGUGCUAUGCUGAAUUAGGGACCACCAUCUCCAAAUCUGGUGGAGAUUAUGCCUACAUUCUUGAGGUCUAUGGGUCUCUUCCUGCAUUCCUAAAACUCUGGAUAGAACUGCUGAUCAUCCGCCCUUCUUCUCAGUACAUCGUUUCUUAUGUAUUUGCUACUUAUUUACUCAAACCCGUCUUCCCGUGCUCUCCAGUACCAGAGCGUGUAGCUAAAUUGAUCGCCUGCCAGUGUAUAUUGCUCUUGACAGCAGUAAACUGCUGGAGUGUGAAGGCUGCCACACGGGUCCAGGAUGUCUUCACUGCAGCCAAGCUCCUCGCUCUGGUGCUCAUCAUCAUCCUCGGCUUUGUGCAGAUUGGCAGAGGAGGGACGGAGCGUCUUUGGCCAGAGAACGCAUUCGAAGGGACAAGGACGGACGUUGGCAGCUUUGGGUUGGCCCUGUACAGUGGCCUGUUUGCCUACGGAGGCUGGAAUAAUUUAAAUUUAGUCACAGAAGAGAUGAUUCAGCCGCACAAGAACCUGCCGCGUGCCAUCAUGCUCUCCCUGCCCGUGGUGACGGUGGUGUAUGUCCUUACUAACCUGGCCUACUUCACCACCAUCAGCCCUGAGGAGAUGGUGGCUUCAGAGGCCGUGGCAGUGGACUUUGGUAACUUCCACCUGGGUGUCAUGUCCUGGAUCAUCCCUGUGUUUGUGGGACUGUCCUGUUUCGGCUCCGUCAACGGAUCUCUCUUCACUUCCUCCAGGUUGUUUUUGGUCGGGUCACGAGAAGGUCACCUGCCCAUUCUGUUGUCCAUGAUCCACCCGAUCCUGCUCACCCCUCAGCCUUCACUCAUCUUCACCUGCAUUAUGACGUUGCUGUAUGCAUUAUCCAGCGACAUCUUCUCUAUCAUCAACUUCUUCAGCUUUUUCGACUGGCUCUGCGUCUCCACGGCCAUCAUCGGCAUGAUGUGGCUGCGAUACAGGAGACCUGAACUGGAGCGACCCAUCAAGGUGAAUCUCCUACUCCCGGUGAGUUUCGUGGUAGCGUCUGUUUUCCUCAUUGUGGUGUCAUUUUGGAAGACGCCCGUGGAGUGUGGCAUCGGCUUCGGUAUCAUCGCCACUGGAGUACCCGUCUAUUUCUUUGGUGUUUGGUGGAAGAAAAAACCCAGCUGGAUCAUCAAUGGCAUCAGCUUGUUGACCGUGUUCUGUCAGAAGCUUCUCAACGUGGUUCCUCAGGACUCAUGAACUCAACCUAUUCUCCACUGCAACCCAAGCCGCUGUACCACCACUGAAGCAGUACUGGACGGUUAAUGUGUGUUCAUCUCAGGCUGAUCACUCUGAAUACUCUCUAACCUUUGACCCCUAACCUUGAUUAAGGAGUCAGUGGGGAUGGGGGUGGGUUUAUUGUGUCCAGAAGGAAGGGGUGGGGGACCAGCUAGUAAGUAGGCCUAACUAUUUGGCUGUUUACACAGAAAACCCACCUUGCUGUCUUUUCUUUACAUUUUCAAACUGUCUUUUCAGUAUCUUGUCUUUGUUUAUAUUUCUUCCUAUAUUUAAAUAGCAGUUAUGUAGACUGUGUUUUUCUUAUUUUAACAGUGUCUUUAAAUGUUAAACUGGGGAGUUCUAGAGGUGUACUUAGCAGGGUUAGGCUCAAUUUCAAUUCCAUUCAGAAAGUAAACCAAAUUCCACAUUUUCCUAAUUGAAAUGCAUUGAAGAGAAUAUUAAUUUCAUUGUAGUUCCUGAAUUGAAAUGGAAUUGACCCCAGCCCUGAUACUGUUCCCCAUGCGCCGAAGACGUGGAUGUCGAUUAAGGCAGCCUCUGAUUCAGAGGGUUUGGGUUAAAUGCGGAAGACACCAUUUCAGUUGAAUACAUUCAGUUGGACAACUGACUAGAUAUCCCCCCCUUUCCUUUCCCUUUUAUUUACAUAACUGGUAGUAUGAAGGCAUGAUAUUUGGUCCUGAAGAAGUUCGUUCUUUAGGAAGUGCACAUCUCGGAAGGUAAAAUAGUUACUAGAAUUCAGAAUUGUAAGUCGGUGUUCUAGAGUCCCCAGGCUCCAUUCCUACAGAGAGAGACAGGAGGAGAGAGAGAGAGACAGGAGGAGAGAGAGACAGGAGGUGAGAGGAGAGACAGACAGGAGGAGAGAGGAGAGAGAGAGACAGGAGGAGAGAGAGAGACAGGAGGAGAGAGAGAGAGAG